GACUGCAAUAAAACCACAAAGUGUAAACAUCACCCGCUAGACGCUGGUCGACCUUGUCCGGUAACAAACAUAAUGCCGUCACUUACGAGAAUCCUGCGAGACUUACUCGCAGUUUACAAAACAUUGAUUGUGCUUAUUACGCCAUUAAUUCUAAUUGUGGUACCGACAACAUGGAAUACUACGGAGGGAAAAUGUGCCUACGGACUCUUACUGAUGGCAAUUUACUGGGUAACAGAAGCACUUCCACUGGCGGCCACAGCAUUACUUCCGGUGCUCAUAUUUCCACUGCUUGGUGUGAUGAAAGCGUCUGAACUAAGCAGUAACUACAUUAAGGAAUCGUCUAUGUUUGGAUUGGGAGGUUUGAUGAUCGCUAUUGCUGUAGAAAAGUGGAACUUACACAAAAGAAUAGCUCUGCGAGCCCUUUUAAUGGUAGGAUCAGAACCGAAGUGGCUAAUGUUUGGAUUUAUGCUACCUACGUGGUUUUUGUCGAUGUGGGUGAGUAACACUGCCACAACUGCCAUGAUGAUUCCAAUAGUGGGAGCAGUGUUGGAGGAAUUCAAACUUGUGAAAAAAGCCUCGAAUGCUGGAAUGGUAAGCAUCUACUUGCCACUCGGAACAUGGCAGAUUUGUCCGAAUGAUAUCAAAAUGAAUGAAAUUACAAAUGGAGGUGUUAAAACGACAGAAAUUCCCGUUAACGUUUACGGGAAAAGUAAGGAAGAUGAGUUCAAUAAGGUAAACAUCAAUAGCUAUGAUGGCGAAAAUGAAGCAGCGCAAUUCUAUGGAAAGAAAGACGACAAAAAGGGUGAUCAGAACACCGAGAAUAUACCAGAUGACAAUGACGAAGGUUACAGUCGUAUGUGUAAAGGAAUGUCACUCUGUGUGGCGUAUGCUGCGAAUAUAGGGGGUACCGGAUCAUUGUCGGGAACAGGACCAAAUCUUAUAAUGCAAGGACAAGCAGACCAAAUUUUCCGGGAUUAUGGAAUGCAGGAUUCGGGAGUGAACUUUGCUAGCUGGAUGGUAUUUGCCUUACCGGGCUCAGUGAUCUGCGUUCUGUUAGCAUGGCUGUGGUUGUCCUUUUACUUCCUUGGAUGGAGAGGUGUCGUCUGCAGAAGACGUAGAGACAAAUACAAUAGAGUUCAAGAAACUAUACGGAAAUCCUAUGAUGAGUUGGGACCUUUAUCUUUUGCAGAAAUAGUUAUUUUAAUCCACUUCAUCGUACUGGUCGUUCUAUGGUUUUUCCGACAGCCUCCGUAUAUUGAUGGCUGGGGAAGCCUAUUCAAGACUGGGUUCGUAGGGGAUUCAGCAGCUGCUCUCCUCAUAGUGACGUCAUUAUUUACAUUUCCUUCAGAACGUCCAGCAAUUCUUUGUUUUCGAAGAAAAAAUCCCUUUCCAGGAGAUAAUAGACCACGCAAAUCCGUUCCAGCGAUUCUUGACUGGCCCACAGUGGAGAAGAAAUUUCCGUGGGGUGUUCUUUUACUGAUCGGGGGAGGAUAUGCUCUUGCCGAUGCCUGUGAGAAAUCCGGGUUAUCUGCAUUUAUUGGGGAACAGUUAGAAGUUUUAGGCAGCAUGCCUCCAUGGGCUAUGAAUAUUGUGCUUACUCUCAUAAUUGCAAUGCUUACUGAAGUCACCAGCAACUCAGCAACGACAACUCUUAUUCUUCCUAUUUUGGCAAAUUUGGCACUUAGACUGGGUUUGAAUCCCCUGUACUUGAUGUUUCCAUGUGUGAUUGCUGCAUCAUUUGCAUUUAUGCUUCCGGUGGCAACACCUCCGAACGCAAUUGUAUUUGCGACUGGCCAUUUGACAGUGAAAGAUAUGGCAAUGGCAGGGUUUCUACUAAAUUUCAUCUGUAUUGGUGUUCUGGCACUUGGGACAAAUCUCUGGGGAGAAGCGUAUUUCAAAUUUACCGAAUUACCAUCGGGAUUCAACCGAACAGACCUGAAUACAACACGCAGUGUGAUCAACGGCUAGAAUAUCUAAUCUCCAAAUGUACUAUUUAAAUAGAUUUAUUUGCCUAAUCAAGUUGUUAGUUACACGUAUGUAUCUCAGUAACUGUAGUAAUCUACUUUUGACCUUUACAUUAUAUUAUGUGUAUAAUACUAAAAGGUUAAAUGAUUGAGCUUAUAUACGUGACUAUUGCACCAGUUGAUUUAAAAUGUGUGAGGUUGCAACUCACGGUUGCUGAUUGCUGGAGUAGAGGCACAUUAUUUGCACUGUACAUUUGAUUUAAUAGCAAAACGGCGUGUAAAUUUACUAUAUUCGUAUGCUGGAUAUAAAUACAAAAAGAUAAAAAAAAAUCAUACAUUUAUCAUAUACAAAAUAAACAUACUCUCAUCAACUUUCGCUACAUCUGUAAUAGAAUAAAAUAGAUUAAACCCAUCCAACCUGUACUUUAAGUAUUCUAGCUCUUUGUCCAAACACGAACAUUAAGUUUAUUUCUGCGUUGUAGAUCUAGCUGGUCAGGUUGCCACGUCACGAUUAACGAUUCAACUACAAUUGUCAAAGAAAUCACAAACUUAGAUUAUAAUGAGUCUAUUUGUCAAACCUAAUCUCAAUAUAGAUCAAGAACUGAAAUUUUAAGAGUAGCGCUGCGUUUGAAAUGUAUAAAUUAUUAACGUAAAUGAAUAAUAAAUGUGUUUAAACUUUGUUCAAUCAAUCGUAAAUAGAUAUUUACUUUUCUACAUUGCAAUUCCAUAAAGUCUUGUUUGAAGAUAUGCGUCUUAAAUUUAUUAUCCGUAAAUAGUUUUUCUAGCUAGUGUAGAUACCCUGUCACAAAAUGAGAUGACAGAAUGCUAUAAUAAUUAAAAGUUAAUCAAUGACAACACUUGUGUAUACAGUUCGCACGUUCUAUAAGCUAGAUAUUUUGUCAAACAUGUCAUACAACAAGUAUUCACUGAGUAAAUUCUGGACAACCUUUGAUUUAUAUAGCAUAUUUAACAAAUUAGCCUCAGAGUGAUUUAUAGUCAAAAUAUAGUUUUUAAUUAAUAGUCAUGAGACAUGCAUGUACAUACAUUGUACAACGCAUAGGAACUAUAGUUAAUUUUGUGCUUUAUAAAUGAAUAUGAUAAUAAGAGCAUCUAUUUUUCAUAUAAAAUAGAUGCCUUUAUUUUACGAGAAAUACUCGCAUUAAAUUCGGGUGCGGGAUAUUGGGGCCCCAAUAAAUAAGUACAAAUAUGCAUCACAUCGGGAUCGGCCUCCUUUCUGAUGCUGACGUCAACCAGAGCAGUCGAAGAAAUAAUUUGAGAAGUAUCUUUUUGUGAUAGCCAUUGUAUUAUGGCAUCUGUUCAAAAAAUUUAGUUCGAUCGAUAUUAUUUAACUAAUUAUCUAUUAAUCGCAUUAAGAUUUUUAGAAUAUUAGGCGAUCAAUAUGUACGGAUGUACUUUCUCACUUACCGGCGCGAGCGGGAUUCAAACCCGCGCCGACCAGAGGUGAGAGGCCGUGUGAUUUUGAGUGCAAUGCUCUAACCACUCGGCCACGGAGCCCACCCCCCACCCACUGGUGAAGUUGAACCUGAAUGUAUAUCUUGUGACUGUCCAUUAACUAUACAUUCUUUUAGAAUUUUCUGAUUUUUCAUCUACACAAAAUAGACUUUUUAAUAAUGUGCAAUCAAAGCAAUAACUUUUUCAAAAUAUUGUCAAUCAUAUUAUUACAUGAUUUUUUUAAAAAAAAGUAUACGAUUUUUAUACGCCCGUCUUUAGACGGGACGUAUUAUGGUACAGCGAUGUCGGUACGUCCGCCCGUUCGUUCGGGUUUUUCUCUUUAUAAUUUCAUUUCCCUUUCACAUAUCAUAUCAUAUCAUUGCUGUGUAGCUUCUUUGUGGGUCACUCUAGAUCAUACUGCAAUUUUGAUCCAUUUUGACCUUUUUUCCAGGAGUUUUGCCCCUUUAUUUGGAAAUACUUAUUACCACAGUUUUCAAGUGAGAGCCUUCUUAUUUUGUGGAGUGUUUGUAUGGGUAUUGAAGAUGUGCAUGUGGGAUGGAUUUUGAUUUUCUACAAUUUUUGAGAAAAUUACAGGUUGUUGAACUUAGUCUAUUUGGAAAUUAAUAUUCUAUGGAGGGUAUAUAAUUUGUCCGCCCAACUCCUCCCCCAGUUUUCAAGUGAGGACCAUCUUAUUUUGUGGAGUGUUUGUAUUGGUACUGAAGAUGUGCAUGUGGGAUGAAUUUUGAUUUUCUACAAUUUUUGAAAAAAUUACAGGUUGUUGAACUUAGUCUAUUUGGAAAUUAAUAUUCUAUGGAGGGUACAUAAUUUGUCCGCCCAACUCCUCCCACAGUUUUCAAGUGAGGACCAUCUUAUUUUGUGGAGUGUUUGUAUGGGUAUUGAAAAUGUGCAUCUGGGAAAGGAUUUUGAUUUUCAUCCAUUUUUUAAAAAAUUACAGGUUGUUGAACUUGGUCCAUUUUGAGGAAAUCUCGAUUUUUAAGCUAAGACCCUUUGUUCAUAUGAAAGUUUGUCACAGCCUCAUGAUGGCUGAUACUACCUGAAGCAAAGUUAUACAAAUUAUAGCACAAGAAAAACACCCUAUGUAAGCAUUUCACGAGCGUAUUAUUUACCGUUUGCGGUACUCUUGUUACGGAAUAAACUGAUUACUUUUACAAUAUAACUGUUUAUAUAUACGAAUUCUUUUUCAAAUUACCUGUUUACAUAUUUUUUAUUUUCAUGUCCGUUGAAUAGGACCGUGAAAGAGUAUCCCAUGUCAAGGAUCAUAAUCACCUUGGCACGCAAAAAUAGGCUCAUUGGGAUACCCAAUGCCGAACUUUGUUCAUUUAGUUAACCACCGUACAAUAGCUGAAAUAUUGCCAAAAUGGCGUAAACAACCAACAAUCUUCAUUGAACCAUGUUUCUGACAGAGUUUUUGCAGAACUUGUAGAAUGACAGUUUAGUACAUCACAUUUUGUCGAAUCUUCGUACAAUAUACCGUACAUGUUAUCAGGCCAGGUCGACUCUAUUUCCAUAUGUUAAUGUUUUCUAUCUUUCUAAAUAUAUUAAAUUGAUAAAUGCUGGAAUAUAAAAGUGAUGCUAUGCUGCUUUAAGAUUCAGCAAAUUAUCAAGAUACAGUCGAUAUUACUGAACGAUGAGGCGCCUUAUUUUCUACCUACUGAUAAAACUGACGUAUGUAGACAGCAUGGUGACUUCUGAUUUUAACACUAGAUAGAAAUUCCGCGAAUCCAUUGCGAAAUGAACAUUACAUUUUUUAAUUUUCUUUACUGUUGGGUUUUAAAUGAUUGGAUUUCUUUUAAAAUUUUAUUUUAUAUACACUAACGAGGGCUGUUUGAUAUGUAAUGUGUAUUGUAUGAUAUCUCAAAAGCAUUCGACUCAAUUAGUGUAAUGAACACUAGAUCCCUUCAAAGUAUUCUUCACGGUUUGAAAUACAUAGUUUUAAUCUCUGAAUCCAUUUCUGAAAUGCGUCACGGUACGCUGAUUUAGGUAGAAUGCUGAGGCACUGACUGAUGUCUGGACCAAGGGCUUGUCGGGACUUGUAACGACGACCAGAUAAGAUCUUUUUAAGUUUUGAAAAAAAGAAAAAGUCGCAUCGGAGAGUAUGGUGGGUGUGGCAAGAAGGUAACCUUCUCCGACUUCAAAAAUUGCUUACAUCUAAUAAGCUCAGAUGUAUGUAAUGGAGCAUUAUCAUGAAGUAGACGAACAUGCCUAAAUCCUGACACAGGUCGUCAUUUAUGAUAUUUCUUGAGCUUUUUUUAGUAAACAAUCUCGGUAAUACCGAUCUGUAACACGUUUGCCCUUCAGCACCGGAAUUUGUACGGCUAUACCAUCACAUGAGAAGAAUAUGCAAUAAAGAACCUUCUGUUUGUUUAUGGUUCUUUUGGUAACUAUAGUCCUUCUACCGUGUUUAGUUAGUCAUAUUUUGUUUCCACUUUUUCUUACUGGUUCGAAAUAGUGAACCCAUAUUUCGUCACCAGUAACAAUGUUUGCAAAUUGUCUUUGAUUGAAUUUGGGAAUCACUUUGAGCAAUUGCAUAGCGGUUUGUACUCGUACCCGGUUUUUGAUCAUCUGCCAAUAUAUGCGGUAUCCAUCUGGCAGAAAUCUUUCGUACUUUCAAAAUGAAAUGCACCCGCGAUAUCACGAAUCGUAUAUCUGUCAUCACAUUCAAUUAUUUCCCUGACUUUUAAGACAUUUGUCUUGUUGUUACAGUCCGAGAUCGGCCAGAUUUUGCUGCAUCUUUGACGUAUUAUGUGCCAGUCAGAAAUUUCUUUCUCCACCUACGAACUGUUUCAUAAGAUACCUUAUCAGACCCAUAAACUUCCCCCAAUUCAAUAAAAUUCUGCAUUACCGAAUGACGGAGUUUUAUGCGAACUUUUAUAUAAGCCUUAAUUUCUUCAAUAUUCUCAACCCGUUUCCGAACCAUUUUUACAACAGUGGUCAACGACUGGCUCUAUUGAAAUGUCUAUAAGUUUAAAACUAUGUGGAGCUGAAGGUUCGUGUUUAUACCGUUAGAAAGGUAUUGAAAGAACUAUUCAAGAGGAUCAUCAUUCACGACAGCGUGCAAAGCGUUAUCGCGCUGUGGUACAAUACACAUUACAUAUCGAACAGCCCUCGUAUGAACGGCAAACUAACAACUCAAAUUCAUGGCAAAGGGGGAUUUCUGCUUCUCUAUUGUCAACUUCCUAUAUUUAUAUAGCAAUAUUCCUUUAACAUCUGCAUGUGGUGUUUAUGUCUUUAAACUGGUUCGAUACAUAAGAGAUUCGUCUACUGACCAACAAGUUCAUAUUAUAGGGGUUUCAACAAUCUCGUUUAAAGUCAGCAUUUUGCAUAUUCUGUGGUUGUUAAAGUGAUCUACUUUUUUGAAAGGGGUCAAAUUCUGUCUGACGUGUUUCAUACCAAUGGGUAAGCCAUUCUUUGCACACUGAUGUUGACUUGUGAAAAGAAUAAUAAAUAAAUAAAUUGCAAAAUGGGACUAAGCAUCCCCUGUCAAUCGGUCACACCCGCCGUGAGCCCUAUAUCAUGAUCAGGUAAACUGAAUAAUCCGUAGUCAAAAGCAAUGUACCAAGAACGGCCUAACAAUCGGUAUAAAACACAUCAGACAGCAUUUGACUCAAAUGUCGGUUGUAUUGGCAAACUAGAUCAUGAUUAAUACCACAGAAUUUGCGAAAUGCUGGCUUUAAAUGAAACUGUGGAAACCCCUGUAACAUCAACUAAUCCACUCACACGCAGAAAAGAUUAGUUGAGGGAUAAAAACACCAUUUACAUGUGAUAAUGGAAUAUUGCUACAUAGAUGUGGGAAGUGAAGAUGGAGAAGCUGAAAUCAUCCCGUUUGUCAUAAAGUUGGGUUGUUAGUGUGUUGUGAAUAUCUAUUUUCAAUACAAUAUCUAAGUACGAAGGAUGCAGAAGUGGACGAUUCUGUGGUGUCUUUUAUUUCGAGUUCACAGGGAUAUAUCGAAUCGACAUAUCAAUGAAAUUGAUGAUUGUUAAUAGAUAAACCGUCGUCGAUAUAUCUCAAUGUCAAGUUUAAGACCACAGUAAGAUAUUUAUCUUCUCAUGUAGAAUUUUUUGAAUAAACUCUGCUUCAUAAUAUCAAAACAGGAUAAGUCAUGCCCAUGGGAAUUCUAACAGACUGUUCGAAGACCCAAUCACCAAAGACUACGAAGAACUCUAGCAUAUUUUUAUUUCAACUUUCAGAGUACUUGUGCGUCGAAUUAGAGUUGUGUUUUUGAUGACUGAUCACUAUAUAUGAAUAUUUCCUUUUUCCAUUUAUGUUGAAGAUGCAAUUGUCUAAGAUCAAAUUCAGUGUAUUUGUGCAUAGUAUAAGAUUGAUAUUUGACAAAGUAAUUUUAAUAACUAAUCACAAGAUAUGAAUGUUUCCGUUUUUCAUUUUUAUUGAGGAAGCAAAUUGUCUAUGAUGUCAAAACGACUAGUUUUUAAUCGUAAGCAAUUGUAGUUUAAAGUGUUGAGAAGUCUAACAUACGUUUUGGUGUUGAUUUGAGAAAAGUUUUGUGAUUUCAAAUUUAGCAAACGUUCUUUACAAUUGUUUUCGAAUGCACCACUCUGGCAUAUGUGGUACAUUUUCUCCUUCACAGCAGUUGAUAUGUUCGUGAUGAGGGAACGAUAGGGGUUUGGUAAAAUGUUUAAACAAUCGGUGAAUGAAACAUGAACGCUAUAAUACCUCUUAACCAUGAACGAUCACUGUGCUAACGAUAAACUCAAAGUGAACAAUAAGCGAACCAAAAAAAGCUUUAAGCAUCGGAUAACCAUAUUACUCGUAGGAACAUUAGAUUAUUUUUUUCUUAAAUGAAUCAUAUUUUGAUACUGACUGCAUGUUUGCAGAACUUGGGAAUGAAAGUUUAGUGUGUCACAAUUUUGAUGUCCAAGCUUUGUACAAGAACAUCAUACCAAGACUACUUUAUAUCCAAAUGUUAGUGUUUUCCAUCUCUUUAUAUAUAGUGAUACAUUAAUAAAUUCUGCAAUAUAAAGA